UAUUAAUACACAUUCUCUAGUGAAGUUUUAGUUUUAAAUGAUAAAGUGUAGUUAUUAUUUUAUAUAUUUUUGUAUUUAAGAAUAAUUUGAAAAGUAAUACUUAAUUUUUGGACAAGACUUGCACAGAAUUAUAAGUUGUGAACAUCAUAAAAUGUCUAAAAGACUGAGAGAGCUUUCGAAUCACCAUACCAAAAAGCUAUGUACAGAUUUAUCCCUUGCAACAAGUGAUCCAACUGUUAGCCCAUACUUCAAUAAUUCAAAUGAUGGUGAUGGUGAUGAGAGCAGCUGUAGUACAGCAGUGGAAAGCAGAGAUAAUCAGAGCACUUCAGAUGGUGUGUGUAACUUGGAUCCUGAUGAAUCUACAAGUAAAAACCAACAGCCUUGUAUCCAGCAGUCACAAGUAGCAGCUUCAUCUGUGUUGCCUGCGAGAAGGUUAACAUACAGUUUUUACAAUCAGGAGUGUGUGACCCUUGCUAAAGCAUUAUUAGGUCAAGUUAUGGUGAGAAUGAUUGAUGGUGUUCGUGUAUCAGGCGUCAUUGUGGAAACAGAAAGUUACCUUGGAGGAGAAGACGUGGCAUCUCACAGUCACAACAACAAGAGGACCCCCAGGAAUGAGCCCAUGUACAUGAAGCCGGGUACAGCCUAUGUGUACCCAAUAUAUGGGAUGUACUUUUGCUUUAAUGUAUCCUCUCAAGGGGAUGGAUCCUGUGUGCUGGUCCGUGCAUUGGAGCCAGUAGAAGGAAUGUCAAUUAUGGCAGUUGGGAGGAACCAGAGACGAAAGAACACAACUCCUCUAAAAACACAUCAGCUCUGUAAUGGCCCCUCUAAACUUUGUCAAGCACUUGACAUGACCAAGGAUUCCUGUAACAAGUUGGAUCUCUCAACAUCAAAUGUUCUUUGGCUAGAGGCUGGCACAUCUAUUCCUGAAAGUCAGGUGGUUAUUGGAAAAAGGAUUGGCAUUGAAUCAGCUGGUGAAGAAUGGGCUAAUAAACCUCUUCGCUUCUAUGUUGCAGAUAAUAAGUUUGUCAGUGUCUAUGAAAAGAAAAAAAGCAAACCAGUCUAGUACUUCAUAAAUUCUUGAUAUCAUGUUGUAGAAUAUUUGUCCACCACUGUUUUUGUUGAGAAGGAUUUUUUUAUGAUGAUAUUCUCUGUGCUUUUCAUAUAUAUGUCCUAUAACGUCAUUUAGACAUGUUAUGAUUUUCCAGUAAUGCAAUCAUAUAUGAAGGUAUGCCCAUCAAAAGGGGUUCUCAAACAUAAUGCCCGAAAAAACUUUAUUAUUAUUAUUAUUUUUUUUUUUUUUUUUUUUCCAAAUUUCAUCUGUAACAUAACCACUGAUAUAUUCACCUGAAUGCACUACCAUCAUGAGAUUGCAUUAAUGUGAAUAUAUUUAUGUCUAUGUUAUAGUUGAAAUUUUGAAUACCAAAAAACUUAAUAGAUGUAUUUUUGGCAAGAAUACCUUUGGAUGCACAUAUCCGCAUAUAAAGUAAUAAUUGAAGCUUCACUGUUAUGAUUUUUAUUUCUGAAUAUCAGUAUUUGGAUUUGGAUUUAGCAUGUUGCCUUUAAUAAUUAAAGGAAAUAAUCUGUAAAGAAUAUAAUUUGCCAAAUGUUUAUGUUGUUUAAAAGACUGCCUGCAGGGUCACAUUUCAUUGCAAGUUUGUUGAAACCCACUUUGUGAAUUUCAUUAAUUUGUAAAUUUUCUCUCUAUAACUAAAAGACUAAGAUUUGACAUUUUUAGGCACACUUGUAGCUAGAGUGCCUUUGUCUAUUGAUUUAUAAUCUUUGUUUUUUUAUUAAUAUUCCUCAUACACAAGAAAAAUUAUGGGUGAAUGACCACUUUACCAGCUUCUUAUAUAACAAAAAAAUAAUCACCUAAUCACAUUGGUUACUAUAAAGUGCAGAUUUUUUUAUUUACUUAUUUAAGAAUUAGAUAUAUGUCUUCCUUUCUCUUCCUAAUUUUUAAUAUCUUCUAAAAACAAGAGAUAGGAUCAAGCUAUCAUUAAUGUGUUAACAACAAGAAUCUUAAAUACUUUACAAUUUCAGAAAAAAUAGAGAAUUUAGAGGUGUAGAUUAUCAUGUCAAUAGUAACCAAUAUAAAUUCUUAUCUUUAGAUCAGAAUUUUUGUCCUAUUUCUUGAUUUUUUUAACAUAUUUGGUAAAUGCAAAGGUAAAUAUUGUUAAAAUAUUCUUUUAGAUAUCCAGUGUAAAAAAGGCUACAAAAAAUUAUAACCUAAAAUUCCAAGGCAUACUAUUGCAGUAGUUACAUUAAGUUUUCGGUUGCAUUAUGGAAGAAUAACCUUCUCUUGUUUGGAUAUAUAAUGCUCUUAGAUUAUUGAAAAAAUACCUUUUGAAGAGUAACCUAAUCUGUCAGACUAGCAUGCCUGUCUCUGCUGAAUUUUGCACUAAUUUUGUAAUGUGGUUAUGCAUCUCUUGUCUAUAAAUCCACAGAGUCAAUAAAACUGCUUUAUAAUAAACAUGAAAGAAGAUUUACUAAAUAUGUUAUGGUCACAGUUAGAUAUGUAUGUUAAUUUUAUUUAAAACCAGGUCUUUGCAUGUACCAUGUAAUCGUUAUUACUUUCAUAUAAUGUUAGAGUGAUGGUUUCAGCAGAUUUAAAGACUGUAUAGUUUUUCUUUUUAUUCUCAGGUCACAGUCUCAAAACACAACUUGAUUUACAAAUAUUUAAUAAAAUAAAUACUGCACAAAAAAUUAAAUGUUUAUUUAAAUACAAUACUGGCAAGAUACAGUAACACUGGCACCUAGACCCACUUUGUUAUCUUCAACCCAUCAGACUUCAUUAUAUCCUUCCUCUGUCUAGAAAAAUAUUGAUUUGAGUGGGCUAGGAGAACUUACAACUCAGUGACUCUCAAGGAAAGUCUAAAAUUAAUGUUUUUCCAGUAUUAUAUUUACCAUGGGAAAAAAAAAUCCAUUUGAUAUACAGAAAAAAUUGCAUUAAUACAAGUAAGAAGAAAAAAGAAGACAUUAAUACAAAUGAAAAGACAAAAAAGACAUUAUAGUUCAUUCAGCCCAAAUAAGAUAACAAAAAUAUAUUUCUUUGUAGUCCCAUCAUGCAAAAUGAUACACUACUAUUAAAUCUACCUUCGUUCAGAUCCUUCACAGUCAUUUAAAGUAUAAAAUAAUUCUUGAAGGUAUUUUAUGUUUAUAGUCUGAGGCACUGAUACCAUAUAAUAUUGGAUUUAGAAUCAAAAUAUGAUACAUACUGAAUUGUAUCAAAAACAUAUUAACAUAGUAGCCAUGACUGAUCUUGGAUUGUUCUUAAACUUCAUACAAUGAGAUAUGAAUUUGAAAUGGAUAUAUUUUUGCAACUUGAGGAUGAAUUGAACAAGUCAACUCCAUGACAAUUCUCCUUACUUUUCCAUCCACAUAUCUUACCAGUGAUUUGGUUUGUGAUUAGGUUGUAAUAAUUAAAGUUUACAAUGGUUAU